AUGAGAACUCGGCGCGCUUGCUCCGAGCGUGCGAUAUCUCGACUCUCCUCCUUGUCCUGCCCGUGUGCCGUCGCCUUUCUCCGCUUCCCCCCAUUCACUCCCCGUCCCCCCCUUUGUCCACCAACCAUGGCGUUCCCCUGGGCGCGCGUGCGCGAGCAGGUGCCGGAGGAGGACGAGCGGCUCGAGCCGUGGCUAACGCACGUGUCCGUGCUCGUGCACCUCGCCACCUUCGCCAUCAUCGGGGUACGUCUCACCCCCUCCUUCUCCCCUCGCCCCCUUCCCGCGCGGCGGCGAGCGCAGGUGCUGAUACGGUACGGGCUGGAGGUGCUGUUCGGGCCGGAGGUGGCGCACGUGACGGACGACGAGCAGACCGUCUUCAUCGACUUGCCCGCUAACAUCGCGGGCAGUUUCAUGAUGGGAGUGGUGGGCGUGGCGGCGAAGCGGCACAUAGCGGCGUAUUCGGAGCACCUGGCGAUCGGGCUGGCGACGGGGCUGUGCGGGUGCGUGACGACGUUGGCGUCGUGGAACCAGCGCAUGCUCGCCAUCCUCGCCUCCGGCCUCUGGGUGCGCGCGCUCGCCGGCUACAUCGUCGGUGCCGCGCUGCCCUUCGUGUCGCUCAUGGCGGGGAUCGACUUUGCCGACGGCAUCAAGUGGCAGAUCAAGCGCGCCAACGACCGCCGCACCGCACGCGGGAAGCCACCCCUGCGUGCUCCACGCGGGGACCACUUUGACCGGCGGUGGGCGUCGCUGCUGCUCUUCUUCUGCCUCUCCGUCUUCCUCGUCACUGCUGCCGCCAUCGGCACCGCGCUCGACGACUGGUCCUCCAAGACAAGGCGCCUGUGGUUUGCGUGCGUGGUGGCGGCGCCGGGCGCGUGGAUUCGGUGGUACCUGUCGUGGCUGAACGGCGGGGCGGUGGGCAAGGGGCGGUGGUGGCAGUGGGUGCCCGUGGGCACGGUGGCUGCCAACGUGAGCGCGUCCGCGCUGGAGGCCGCCCUCUCUACCGUCGUGCUCGCUGUGAGUCCCACACUCGUGCACCCACACACACACUCUCACACGUGCACUCACACGUGUAGCAGCGCACUCUCUGACAGCUCAGGCACCACUCACGCCCCCCACUCCUUCCAACCCAGCAUUGUCAUUCUGCUUCACCCGCCCCAUUCUCCUCCCGCUCCCAUCCUCACUCCCUCUCUCCAUGCCCCCUCCGUCCCUCCCCCCCUCUCACAGUACAACAGCGAGGUGAGUGUGCUGGCGAUAGGGGCAAUACAGCUGGGGUUCCUGGGGUCACUGAGCACCGUGUCAACGCUCAUGGUGGAGGUGCUGGCGCUGCACAAGGCCAAGACCGGCCGCUGCUGGCGCCCCUACUUCUACCUCUACUGCAUCACCAUCCUCCCCUCCUUCCUCAUCGGCUUGCUCGUCUACUGUGUGCCCGUGUGGGUGCUCGACUACACCUCCAAAUACAACCACUUGUAA